ACAAAGAAACUCGCCUUCCCGGGCCACCUCCCCUCGAAGCAACCAGAAGACGCAGUAGGCGAGAAGCGUCCCCGGCGCCCUGGGCUGCCCCCCAGAGUCCGGGCUCGGGAGCUGUCCCUGGUAGGUGCAGGUGUUCGAGGGCCCUGGGGCGCACGCGGGGCCCUGCAGGGCGGCGGGCGGCGAAGACAACUCGAGAACUAGAUGGCGCCCGCGAGGCGCGCGGCGGCACCGCCUCCACCCCAAUUUAAAGGGCAGUGAGGCGGAGGGAUCCUCGUCCCGACGCUCGCGCGAUCCCUCCGCUGCGAGACGAAGCGACGGCAACGACGCGACUCGUUCUCUCGAAAGUCGCUCUUGUGCCUCCGCCGUCGGGAGCCGCCGGCGAGGAACUUAUUUCUCCCUGGCGUGCUUCCACCUCACCUCACAAAAUCCCGUCGAAGUCACCGCGGAGGCCAGCGCCGGACGGGAGCGCGCACGCCAGCUGCCGACGUGGUGUCCCUCCGCCGUCGGUCACGGACUCCUUUUCGUGUCCUUCCACCGGACCCGGGCGGUGUCCGGGUGGCUCACCGUGGGCAGCGACGCGUCUGGGACGCGGACGGUGAGGCUCUGGGGCUAUGAGGUGAGGACACCGGGUGACCGAAGGAGGCACCACGCGGCGCGAGGAGGCGGGACGCGGCCCCUGAGGGCGGCGGAUGCUUUUCGGACCGCGCGGCUGCGCGCAAGGUGGAGUACCGGGGAUUGAACUCAGGACCUUGCACUUGCCAGCCAGGUGCGGCGCCACUGAGCCACUUCCGGCCCUUUGUAGUCACCUAUUUUAAGCACAAGGAAUGAACAAGUCCCUGUGUUACUGUAGAGUCUGGAGGAGCUGUAGUCCUGAGCAUGGAGAGAACAUUGAAAUUAUUUUCUAAGCUAUUUGAAGAGAGUGACUAAAUGCACCUGGGUCAGGCUGUCUGUGGGUAUGAAGUGGUUGGGAGAAUCCAAGAACAUGGUGGUGAAUGGCAGGAGGAAUGGAGGCAAGUUGUCUAAUGAUCAUCAGCAGAACCAAUCAAAAUUACAGCACACAGGCAAGGACACCUUGAAGACUGGCAGAAACACAGUUGAGAGGAGGUCAAGCAGAUGUAGUGGUAAUUCAGGAUUUGAAGGACAGAGUCGUUAUGUGCCAUCUUCUGGAAUGUCCGCCAAGGAACUCUGUGAAAAUGAUGACCUAGCAACCAGUUUGGUUCUUGAUCCCUAUUUAGGCUUUCAGACACACAAAAUGAAUACUAGCGCCUUUCCUUCGAGGAGCUCAAGGCAUUUUUCAAAAUCUGACAGUUUUCCUCACAACAACCCUGUAAGAUUUCGGCCUAUUAAAGGGAGGCAAGAAGAACUAAAGGAAGUAAUUGAACGUUUUAAAAAAGAUGAACACUUGGAGAAAGCCUUUAAAUGUUUGACUUCAGGUGAAUGGGCACGGCACUAUUUUCUCAACAAGAACAAAAUGCAGGAGAAAUUAUUCAAGGAACAUGUAUUUAUUUACUUGCGAAUGUUUGCAACUGACAGUGGAUUUGAAAUAUUGCCUUGUAAUAGAUACUCAUCAGAACAAAAUGGAGCCAAAAUAGUUGCAACAAAAGAGUGGAAACGAAAUGACAAAAUAGAAUUACUGGUGGGUUGUAUUGCUGAGCUUUCGGAAAUUGAGGAGAACAUGCUACUUAGACAUGGAGAAAACGACUUCAGUGUCAUGUAUUCCACAAGGAAAAACUGUGCACAACUCUGGCUCGGUCCUGCUGCAUUUAUAAAUCAUGAUUGCAGACCCAACUGCAAGUUUGUGUCAACUGGUCGAGAUACAGCAUGUGUGAAGGCUCUAAGAGAUAUUGAACCUGGAGAAGAAAUUUCUUGUUAUUACGGAGAUGGAUUUUUUGGCGAAAAUAAUGAGUUCUGCGAGUGUUAUACUUGUGAAAGGGUAGAUUUCUCCUCCACAUGGGACUGCCAGGGAAAAGGACGGGGAACUGGUGCUUUUAAAUCCAGAGUAGGACUGCCUGCGCCUGCUCCUGUUAUCAAUAGCAAAUAUGGACUCAGAGAAACAGAUAAACGCUUAAAUAGGCUUAAAAAGUUAGGUGACAGCAGCAAAAAUUCAGACAGUCAGUCUGUCAGCUCUAACACUGAUGCAGAUACCACUCAGGAAAAAAACAAUGCAACUUCUAACCGAAAACCUUCAGUUGUAAAAAAGAAUAGCAAGAGCAGAACGUUAACAAGGCAAUCCAUAUCAAGAAUUCCUGCUUCUUCUUCUACCUCAUCUAAGCUAACUCAUAUGAAUAAUUCCAGGGUACCAAAGAAACUGAAAAAGCCUAUAAAGCCUUUACUUUCAAAAAUAAAACUCAGAAAUCACUGCAAGCGGCUGGAGCAAAAGAAUAAUUCAAGAAAACUCGAAAUGGGAAACUUAGUACUUAAAGAGCCUAAAGUCAUCCUAUAUAAAAAUUUGCCCAUUAAAAAAGAUGAGACAGAGGGACCAGUCCAGGCUGCAGCUGCCAGCAGGUGCUUGACUAGACAUGCGGCCAGAGAACACAGACAAAAUCCUGGGAGAGGUGCUCACUCGCAGGGCAACAGCUCGCCCUGCACCUACAUAACCAGGCGCUCAAUGAGGACGAGAACAAAUCCGAAGGAGGCCUCUGACAUCAAGCUGGAACCAAACGUGUUGGAUGGCUAUAAAAACAGCAUGACUGAGCCUUUCCCAGACAGUGGUGAGCAUCCAGCCCCCGUGGUGCAGGAAGAACUGGCUCAUGAGACUGCACAGGAAGGGGAAGCCAAGUGUCAUAAGAGUGAUCCUAGUGUAUCCAGAAAGAAGUCACGACAAGGAAAACUUGUGAAACAGUUCUCAAAAAUAGAGGAAUCCACUCUGGGACAUGAUUCCCCUGGAAAAGACAGUGUGGUGCCAGAUUUGGUGGGGCCCCUUUCUGACCAGGGUGAGCCCAGUGGCACGGUUGGGGUUCCUGUGAGCUAUACAGACUGUGCUCCUUCCCCUGUUGGCUGUUCAAUUGUUACAUCUGAUGGCUUCAAAACAAAAGAGAGCUUUAGAACUGCAAAAAGUAAAAAGAAGAGGCGAAUCACAAGGUAUGAUGCACAGCUAAUCCUAGAAAAUAAUUCUGGGAUUCCAAAAUUGACUCUGCGCAGGCGUCAUGAUAGCAGCAGCAAAACAAAUGACCAAGAGAAUGAUGGGAUGAAUUCUUCAAAAAUAAGCAUCAAAUUAAGUAAAGACCAUGAAAAUGAUAAUAAUCUCUAUGUAGCAAAGCUUAAUAAUGGAUUUAACUCAGGAUCAGGCAGUAGCUCUACAAAGUUAAAAAUCCAGCUAAAACGGGACGAGGAAAGUAGGGGGUCCUAUACGGAAGGGCUCCACGAAAAUGGCAUGUGCUGUAGUGAUACACUUUCUCUCCUGGAGUCUCAGAUGGAAAUGGAUGACUACAGUCAGUACGAGGAAGAAAGCACAGAUGAGUCCUCCUCUUCAGAGGGAGAUGAAGAGGAGGAUGACUAUGACGAUGACUUUGAAGACGACUUUAUUCCUCUUCCUCCGGCUAAGCGACUGAGGCUAAUAGUUGGGAAAGACUCUAUAGAUAUUGACAUUUCUUCAAGAAGAAGAGAAGAUCAGUCAUUAAGGCUUAAUGCAUAAGCUCUUGGUCUUAAUUUGACCUGAGAUAACUACUUUAAAAAAAUAAAAAAAAUUCCAGUCAGUUAUUCCUCAACUGAACCAUUUUAGUGGCAGCACUUCUAUUGUCUCUUCACUUAUCAGCAUAAUACUGUAGAAAGUGUACAGUGUACUGACUUCCUAAGUCUGAUUUGUGCAAAUUUUUAUUGUACUUUUUAAAUAGCCUUCUUAUGUGCAAUUCUGAGCUAGAGUUAAAGGCCUAUUGUAAAAUAAAGGCUCCAGCAAAAUUGUACAGUGAUAGCAACUUUCCACACAGGACGUUGAAACAAUAAUGUGGCUACACAAUUUUUUUAAAACUUUGAGAGCAUCAGCUGGCUCUUUAAUAUAUGACUAAACAAUAAUUUAAAACAAAUCAUAGUAGCACCAUAUUAAGGUUUCUAGUAUAUGCUAAUAUCACCAGCAAUUAUCUUUGGCUUUUUGAUUUAUUUGCUAGAUGUUUUCUCCUUGGAAUUUUGUCAGUUUCACACUGUUUUGCUGGCCUGGGUGUAUUGUUUGUGGCCUUUGUUAACAUAGCAAAACAUUGGUUGGAAGUCAAAAUUGGUUUCUUUAAAAACAAAUUACAUGUGUGACAACUCACUUUUCAGUACAUUAUAUGUACGAGGUUAGCAGUGUUCAGGAUGAGUUUCAAAACAGCAUAUUUAUUGCUUGUCAUAUAAAUUAAAGACCUUGUAUUUAACACUUUUCAAUCCUUUUAGAUAAAAUUGUUCUUUGCAAGAAUGAUUGGUGCUUAUUUUUUCAAAAAUUUGCUGUGAACAAUGUGAUGACAACAAGCAACGUUGAUCUAAUGAACUACAGCUAUAUCUUAAUUUGGUUCUUCAAGUUUUCUGUUGCACUUGUAAAAUGCUACAAGGAAUAUUAAAAAAUCUAUUCAUUUUAACUUAUAAUAGUUUAUGAAAUAAAAACAUGAGUCACAGCUUUUGUUCUGUGGUAACCUAUAAAAAUGUUUGUCUUUGGGAUUCAGUGUAAAGAGCUGAAAAUGAUGUAUAUGUUGUAAAUAUUUGUGUGUUGUGAGAAAUUUUUGUCAUAAAAAAUUAAAAGAACUUACCAGGAAGGUUUUAAGUUUAGAAAUAUUCAUGCCAAUAAAAUAGGAAAUUAUAAAUAUAUAGUUUUAAGCACUGCAUCAGUGGGAGUUCUUGGCUUAUGUUAGUUUAUUAAGAAAAUAUCAAAGAUGUUUUGAUUAUAUUGUCAGUUAAUCAAAAAGAGGAGUCAGAUUUAAUUUGUUUUUUAAGCACUUUCAGAAGAGAAAUUAAUUUUAAGUAACUUAAUGAUCAAAUUUGAUUACUACUUUAUGUUCAAUACGAGGCUCUUUCAUUUUUCUGGAUUAUUUUACAACUCAAAGAAUUUGGAAAUAUAAAUCUGUAACAGGUGUUUGACACCAGUAGGUCUCUAUUUACUGGGAAAUGUGUACAUGUGUUUUCAGAUAUACAGUGGUCCUAAGUAAAAUCAAUUUAGGGGUCCAUAUAAUGUCUAUAGAAAAGUAGCCCAUGUCUUAACAUCUUAAAAGGAAUCUGCAGGUAAUGAAAAGUCCAAUGGAAAAAACCUGAAUGCUUAAAUAAUUGAUACUUAACCAGUUUCCAGGUUUGGGGAACAUUAUUUAAAGUUCCUUAAAAGUAUUACCAGUAGGUUCCAAAUAGAAAGUAGUAAGAUUCAUAAAAGUUUGUUAGGUUCUGUAAAGAAUUCCUUCUGUAGUCCUAUGUAGUCUUAUGCUUGUAUGUUACCGUGCAGUCUGAUCCUCAGGUAUUAAUUUGGAAGCAGGUGAUAGGUAGACUCCUCCACACACACCCCUUUUUGCUGCAGUUUAUGAAGUGGGGCAGCCCCACAUGGUCUCAGGAGCUCCCAUCCUGAGGCACCUAGAGCACUUGACAGAUAUGUCCAGUCCUGUUCAAGGGGACAGGGUCCCCUCACAGAAGCAUGAGACACUACCAGAGAUGAAGGUGGACACUCUGGAGUGUCGCCAAAGCCUGUGGGUCACUUCUCAUUCCCACCUUUGCUUGAGGGUGUUUUGAAGAUGUUCAGAGACUAAAUCUUGACUUUCUUUGAAUACAACAAUAGCCAUUUCAGGAAUUUCAGUCUUAAGGCAGAAAUAAAAACACAUUUCCCAUUUUUCUCCACUUUUAAGCUUAAUUUUAGUAACUUAUUUAUGAUUUUUUAAUUUUAUUGUGGCCUCAUCUUUUGGGGCUGACCUUCCCAUGGGUCUCAGAGCAGUGACAUUUGGUGACAGGUCACUGCCUCUCAGGAGUCGGUAUGCACAAGCACUCAGCAGCCUCUGCUGAUGCCUUCUAAGGAAACUUAAUUUCCGUUUCUAAAGGUAGGGGCCUCGGAACUGUUCUUGAUCUGCUGUAGAACUUCACCAUGUGGGAAUGGUGAAACCCACACACUCUUGAUCAGUUGGAAGAGGUUGCAUUCAAUAAAACUUUAGCUUGAGCUUAUGCAAUGAUUGGUAACAUUUUUGGCAUUGUAAUAAUUAGGAAAUGAUCAUAGAAAUAUAUGUAAAGUAUUCAAUUUUCAAUCAUUUUUCAAAUUACUGUUUUAAAUUGUUUUGCUGAGUUGUAAUACUUUUGAGAUACAAUGUAUUCCUUGUACUGAAAGAAUGAAAAAGGACUUUUUCAGCAUUUGAGGUAAGUUCUUUAACGUUUCAUUAAAAACAUUUUUUACAAAUAUUUUGUACAUGCACUUGCAGUAUUGAGGUUAAUCAUUUUAAUAAAUUCGGAAAUUAAAA